CCCUAGAGGGCUGACAUCAGCCGGUGCAAUGAGAAGCCUGCCGGAGUCGGGCACUCACUCGUGCUGUUGCUGCGGCUAGUCCAUCUACCUUUCCCUGCCCUCCCCACCUCCUAACGGGCUCCUUUUGUAUUUAAAGACGAAACAAAGGAAGGCCAAAGAAAGAAGCAACAGCAUCCACAGUCACAUCUUCCUAAGCCACAUUCCCCCCUCCCCCCCUUUUAAAAAACAACACACGUGGCAUUGUAAUCCAUAGCUUACCUAGUACCUGAGAUUGAAAAUACAGUUCGAGGUGAUCAAUCGUAAAUGAAUAAAUCGUAAAUGAGUAACAUCAGAUCGUAAACGAAUAAGCUCUCCACCCAGGAAGACACUUGAGGCCCUCUCUCCCGGUCCGGACCCCAGGGAAAAGGAAUUUUAAAACCCCGGGCGUCUUCUCUAAAUUGCUGCUCUUUGUCAUUUCUAGGCUUCCGGAGUAAAGCGAAUGAUGAAGUCAUCAGGGUUUUUAAUGACAUGAAAGUAAAGAAAUCGAGCGUCUUCUCUAAAUUGCCUCUUUGUUCAUUUACAGCUUCCGGGAGUAACAGUGAAUGAUGAAGUCAUCAAGGUUUUAAUGACAUGAAAGUAAGGAAAUCUUCUACGCCAGAGGAGAUCAAAAAGAAAGAAAAAGCAGUUCUCUUCUGUUUAAGCGAUGACAAAAAACAGAUAAUUGUAGAGGAAGCAAAGCAGAUCUUGUGGGUGACAUUGUGAUACGUAGAGGACCCCUUACACAUCCUUUGUGAAUUGCUACCUCUGAAUGAUUGCCGAUAUGCUUUGUAUGAUGCCACAUACGAGACAAAAGAGUCUAAGAAAGAAGACCUAGUAUUUAUAUUCUGGGCUCCCGAAAGCGCUCCUAAAAGCAAGAUGAUUUACGCUAGCUCUAAAGAUGCCAUUAAAAAGAAAUUUACAGGUAUUAAACACGAGUGGCAAGUAAACGGGCUGGAUGACAUUAAGGACCGUUCGACGCUCGGCGAGAAACUGGGAGGCAACGUUGUAGUUUCACUUGAAGAAACCGUUAUAAAUGACAAGUCAAGUGCCAUCCAGAUCGAAGGAGCUUCCAUUUCUGCAGCUCUCCAUUGGAAUAGAAUUAGGUUUGCUGCCUCUCUCCCCUUCUCCCCCAGUCCCUAAUCCCCCUCCCGUCCCCUCCCAAAACACAUAAAGGAGAUGUCAUUUAUUUAAGCAACCUACCAGUGAUUGCCAUUAGACUGUUUCAUCCUGGUAGUUUUAUUGUAGAACCCAAGGAAUGCCUUCACGUCAUACUUUAGCCAAAACAACGGUGUUGUGUGCAUCCCUUGCAGCACAUAAAUGGUGAAUUAUAGUCAAUGUGAAUAGUUUAGAAAAACUGCAAAGGGUAAGCUAUUUGAAUGCCUUGAAAGUAUUAUCCACUGGUCAAAUGGUAGACUUUAUUCCAGUAUUACAGUUGCACUUGAUUACAGUCCCGUGAGGCUCGUUGUGCAUCCAUAUACACCUCACCUGCCUUGACAAGCCUUUUUCGUGACAUGGCAGCACAUAUAUAACACUAUGCAUAAAAGCACUUUUUUUAAUGAGUUCCCCCCGCCCCC